AACAAAAAUUUUGCGGAAAAUUUUAUUUUUUUGAUAAAUGGCGCGAAUUUGGGACGACGAAUUUUCCUCGUAAAAUGCAAUAAUGGGCUAUUUACAAUUCAGCUGCAAGUGAUAAGUGGUGAAGAUGUGGAACUAAAUAUGGUCAACGUUACGAGAUUGGCAUGACAUUAUGAGCGGAAUUCAGUCGAGUAUGCCUCAGGCCGUCUCGGCACAGUACGAUGCUCAAGAGAAAAUCGGCGAGGGUACUUAUGGGAUCGUAUACAAGGCCUGGGAUAUCAUACAACAGAGAUACAUCGCACUGAAGAAGAUUCGAGUUGAAUCCUACGUUGAGGGGAUUCCAUCUACAGCUCUGAGAGAAAUAUCUUUACUGAAGGAAUUGGAUCAUCCGAAUAUUAUUCAUUUAAUCGACGUUAUAUAUGCUGCCAAUAGAUUGUAUCUAGCUUUCGAGUAUUUGGAUAUUGAUUUGAGGCAAUUCAUCGACUUAUCCUCUGGGCCUAUACCUCCUCAAUUGAUUAAGAGUUUCAUUUAUCAAUUACUGAAUGCUCUCCACUACUGUCACACCAAUCGAAUUGUUCAUCGUGAUUUGAAACCACAUAAUUUAUUAAUCGACGGAGAUGGUCAUAUUAAACUGGGUGAUUUUGGACUCGCACGCAGUUUCGGUUUGCCUUUGAAAACAUUGACUCACGAAGUUGUAACUUUAUGGUAUCGAGCACCUGAAAUCUUAUUAGGAUGUAAAGUUUACACAAUGGCUGUGGAUUUGUGGAGCCUGGGAUGUAUUUUUGCCGAAUUGUUUAGGAAAAAAGCCUUGUUCGAAGGUGAUUCUGAAAUCGACCAGUUAUUUCGUAUAUUUAGAACACUCGGAACACCCGAUGAAGAUGUAUGGCCUGGAGUCACGAUCCUGAAAGAAUACAAACCUCUGUUUCCUCGUUGGGAACCUCAAUAUUUGGGCGAUUUCUUACCAAGUGUCGAUAAAGAAGCUAUCCCCGUGUUGGAGAAAAUGUUGAAAUAUGAUCCGAGUAAAAGAAUGUCUGCCAAAGGGAUCCUCGAUGAUCCGUAUUUCGAGAACGUUACAUUAGUCAAAACUAUUCAGUUGGAAGAAGUCGUUCGAAAAAAAGAAGAAUAUUUGAAAAGAAAUCGUAAUAAUUAGUCAUCGUUAUUAUCUUUUUCAUCCUAUGGAUAAAAUGAACAUGCGACAGAUACUUUGUUACCAACUUGCGAUUUGCUUCUUACCGUCUCAUUUUUGUAACGUUCGUUUUUCAUAUCAUUUUGAAACAUUCAUUAGGACACUUGUGUCUAAUUGUGAACGAAUAAUCUAGUGAUAUUUAUUAUUUAGUUAACGUAAUAAUAUAUUUGAUAUUUUCACCUAUUCGGGGUGACAUUGAUAUUGAAAUUUAAAAUUUCUCUAAGUUUAAUUAAUAAUCUCGAGUCAAGAUGAAUUGUUGUCAGUGGGUACUUAUCAUGUUUGUCAGCACCACGUAAGGGAUAUUGUAAAUGUGAACGAAUUAAUUCAUAUCAUUUUGACCUCAUGUCUUUUUGGUGUUGCUAGCAAUGACGAGGAUAACUUUAAUUUAAUUAUUUUUUUCUCAAGGUAUCUCAGAAUAUGAUAAAUUAUUUUCUUAUUUGUAUAUUUACCUAGUUCAUAAUUUUUAUUUACUUUUGGUUAAACACUUUGCAAUAAUAAAAAUUGAUUUUUCAAAGA